GGGCGGGCGGGCCGGCCGAGGCAGGGCUGCGGCUCCCGGGGCUCGCGGCGUCGCUGUCUGCGCUCGCCGGGCGCCCGGGCGGCGGUGCCGCCAUGUCGGGCGAGGACGGCCCGGCGGUGGCGGGCCCGGGGGCGGCGGCGGCGGCGCGCGAGCGGCGGCAGGAGCAGCUGCGGCGCUGGGGGGCGCGGGCGGGCGCCGAGCCGGGCCCCGGCGAGCGGCGCGCCCGCACCGUGCGCUUCGAGCGCGCCGCCGAGUUCCUGGCGGCCUGCGCGGGGGGCGACCUGGACGAGGCGCGCCUCAUGCUCCGCGCCGCCGACCCGGGCCCCGGAGCCGAGGGCGAGCCCGGCGCGCCGCCGCCCGCCCGCGCCGUGCUGGACUCCACCAACGCCGACGGCAUCAGCGCCCUGCACCAGGCCUGCAUUGAUGAGAACCUGGAAGUGGUGCGUUUCCUGGUAGAGCAGGGUGCCACCGUGAACCAGGCAGACAACGAGGGCUGGACGCCGCUGCACGUGGCUGCCUCCUGCGGGUGCCUGGACAUCGCCAGGUACCUGCUGAGCCACGGGGCCAACAUCGCUGCCGUCAACAGUGACGGGGACCUGCCCCUGGACCUGGCUGAGGCAGACGCCAUGGAAGGGUUGCUCAAGGCCGAGAUCACUCGCCGAGGCGUGGACGUGGAGGCGGCCAAGCGGGCUGAGGAGGAGCUGCUGCUGCGUGACACGAGAUGCUGGCUGAAUGGGGGCGCCAUGCCUGAGGCCCGCCACCCCCGCACCGGGGCCUCUGCUCUGCACGUGGCUGCCGCCAAGGGCUACAUUGAGGUCAUGCGGCUGCUUCUCCAGGCUGGCUAUGACACGGAGCUGCGGGACGGGGAUGGCUGGACCCCCCUGCACGCUGCGGCCCACUGGGGCGUGGAAGACGCGUGCCGCCUGCUGGCGGAGCACGGAGGGGGCAUGGACUCGCUGACCCACGCGGGGCAGCGUCCCUGCGACCUGGCGGAUGAGGAGGUACUGAGCCUGCUGGAGGAGCUGGCCCGGAAGCAGGAGGAUCUUCGGAGCCAGAAGGAGGCCUUGCAGGGCAGGGGCCAGGAGCCCCAGGCGCCCUCUGGCGGCAGCGGCAAGCACAGAAGGAGCUCCGUGUGCCGACUCAGCAGCCGCGAGAAGGGCUCUCUGCAGGAUCUGUCCAAGGAACGCAAACCUGCCACAGCCGGGGCUAUCCCCCUGCGGGACGAGGAGAACGGGGAAGGCCCUGCAGUACCCCCUGCUGCAGAGCCCAGUGCCCUCAAUGGAGUGUCCUCCCCGCCACCCCCUAGUGCUCCGGGCCGCACAGCCCCCGAGGACGCCCCCUUCUCCAGGCGCUUCGGCCUGCAGAAGACCGAGAGUUCGGGAGCCCUGGGCCCCCCUGAUGGGCAAGGGACCGAGGAGACGCUCGGGCUACGGCGCUCAGCCUCCUCCCCUGGCCUGGACGGGACCUGCCCACAGGCCAGGGAGCCCCGGCUGGCCAGGGUUACCCCGAGCCUCUCCCGGAAGGUGCCAGAACCCUCUGCCCCGUCUGAGCCGGCCUCGCGGCCCCCUCCCUCGGAUAACUCCAGCGGCCCCUCCUGCGGGCCGGAGCCCGACCCCCCAGCGCCAGCAGCCGAGUCCAGGGACCGGCGCAGGUCCUACCAGAUGCCCGUGCGUGACGAGGAGUCCGAGUCCCAGCGCAAAGCCCGCUCCCGCCUCAUGCGCCAGUCGCGAAGAGCCACGCAGGGUGUCACGCUGACGGACCUCAAGGAAGCCGAGAAGACGGCGGGCCGGGCCGCCGAGGCCGGGAGGCCAGCCGUGCCCAGCCUGGAGCCUUCCCGGAGGCCCCGGGUCCCCGGACUGGAGGACACGGAGAACCCUGCCCAAAGAGCAGAGGCGCCCGACGGGCAGGGUCAGGGGCCCCAGGCAGCCCGGGAGCACCGCAAGGUUGGCAAGGAGUGGAGGGGGCCUGCGGAGGGAGAGGAGGCGGACCCCGGCCCGGAGUGCAGCGCUCUCGACGGCGGCGGACCCGCUUCGCACAGGCAGCAAAGUGUGAGCAACCCCAAGCCGGAUCCUGAGCCCGAGCCCGAGCCUCGAGAUUCCCACGGAGGUUUCCGGAAGCUGUAUGCGGAUCUGCGCCAGGAGAACGAGCGGCUCCGCGAGGCCCUCACCGAGACCACGCUGCGGCUGGCACAGCUCAAGGUGGAGCUGGAGCGGGCCACGCAGAGGCAGGAGCGCUUCGCCGAGCGGCCAGCCCUCUUGGAGCUGGAGAGAUUCGAGCGCAGGGCUCUGGAGCGCAAGGCUGCGGAGCUGGAGGAGGAGCUGAAGGCCCUGUCCGACCUCCGAGCUGACAACCAGCGGCUCAAGGACGAGAACGCAGCGCUGAUCCGAGUCAUCAGCAAGCUCUCUAAGUGA